AUGUUCAUGCGACUUCGCGGUCAUACUUGCAAGUACUGCAUGGGCAUUGAUGAGCAACACUACAAGCGUCAUCACGACAUUGCCGAGCGCUUACGAGCCGUCUAUGAGAGUUGUGGCGAGAUCGACUGGAACAUCGUGCCGAACGAAUCUGAGCUGGACGAACGUGGAAGAGCGAGAAAUCUCGGCGAUGAGGACACUCCAUCCUCAAAGCGUGAGCGGAAGGAUGCAAAGCGUCUGGCAAGAGCGGCUAGUAGAUCUAGAGUCAUUACGCAGGAGGAGAUUAGAUACAUCGACUCCGUUGUACAUUCAGCUGAGGGCAUAACGAGCAACGACGCGGACGGGCCGCGGAAUCCGGAAGAGAUCGAGGAGAUUGAGCGACAGCUUCGUUACCACGCCCAUGUAUACAGCACGCAAGUCGGCCGCAAGGGAAUCAGAAAGCUCGCCGAGGCACCUGUCGAGUCUCUAAACGUUGACUUCGAAGCCGAAAUGGACCGCAUAUUGGAAACCUUCCGUAUCAACGAGCUACUCAGGCGUAACACAAAAACGAAGGGUCUACAAGGGAAAGAACUCAAGCUGUUCCAAGGCCUCGUCGACACGUUCAAGCACGCGAUUCUGGAGGACAUCGUUCUGGUCAAGAAAGACAAUGCCGAAGUGCGAAUGCGACGAGCAGGCUAUCUCCGAUACACUAGUAAGACCGCGUACGGUAUUGUAGAAGAGAGGUAUACUGGAAAGGACUGGAAAACUGGAGAGAAAUUCGCGUCUAGUCUGAGUGAUUUCAGUGGCGGUAUCACCCCCACGGAUGAGACUGCUCCACUGGUCAGGUUCGUUGCCCUUGCCCUCAUCUUUAGUCCCGCAAAAUCGCGACAAGACGCUGCCCAAAAAUCCAGUGAUCAGGACGAUGACCAGUCGCCGCCGCGGUCUAGUACCCUUGACAUCUCCGACCGAAGGCAUCUUGAGAGCAACCACAAGCGCGUGAACGGCGACGAUGGACUCUACCAUACAGAUAUCGAGCCCUAUCAUACUCCGCUAUUACCUUUGCCGCCCGCCCCAACCUUGAACAGACAGUCGGCUGCGGUUCUGGUGAUCAACGUCAAGGCUUCAGAGCGGGGGCCGACUACAGUACCUGGCAGGAUCAAGAAGUCACAACAAGCUCUUGAUGGAUGGCAAGUCGUCACAAAUGGAGUGACGCCAACAAAAUCGGUAGCAAAGACGCGCGCUUGGGGUAACAUUCCAAGUAAGCCUCCGGCUCGUGCUCCUCGGCCUGGACCGACUCCAUGGCUUUCCGAUUCGCGCGACUUCCCAAACCUCUCAGCCUCGCGGAGCUCUUCAGGAGAGCCUUAUAGCCCAGCUCCAGCAGUAAAGCCUCCAAAGGCUUGGGGUAUGUCAGCACCCGAGAGUUUUACGACCGAGACGGAAGACUCUGUCAACGGCCAUCCCGCAAUCUCGCAGAGGAAGAAGGCUAAGAAGGCACGAGAGGCAAAGCGCAAGGCAAAGAAGCAGUCUAUACCGGAGGCAGCUAUCAGUCUUCCUGAUCUCCGAAACGAAGCCACUGAAGACGACUAUGACGUGGGUGACGUCUUAGCACAAUCUGCUUCCAUGCUACCUGAGACUAUACUCUACAACAAGGACCGCGAUAGUUCUCAAGAUGUGCUAUCGUACACGGAGAGCGUCAAUGAUCACGAUGCUUCUACCGAGGUAGUAUCAGAGCCAAUCUCCACGGACACGACGUUCGCUAAGGGAGUGUCUCCAGUACCUCUGCCCGAACCUGUACUACCUAUCACAAAACACGGCAAGCACAUGCACUGGAUUAGCACCGGGCCUUUCAACCGCCUCCGUGGAGAGAAACUACUAUCACUGUACGAGAAGGAUCAUCGGACCAAGGGCCGCUUGAUGCUAGUAGACGAUGACCUGAUCAACUAUCUCAUGGAAGACCCUACUAUUCGAGCGCGCAAUCGCAACCCAGAUGGCGUACCUGAUCGUCUGCAGAAGGAGUACGAGGACGUUAAGAAUGGCUUCAAACCUGGAGCACUAAUGGCUCAAGAGCUUCGAUUCGAGCGACUUUAUGCAAAGAACGGAUUCAACAAACAGGAGCUCACUCAGGUCAUGUUACAGGAUAUUCAGCACAACGAACUCGAGCUUCCAGGUUCGACGUGCAUUUGCUACUGUCGUGCUACCGCACCAAAGGGUGGAUUACCCGCGAAGGAUACUGUCGUUUGCUCACAUCGCGACUGUACUACUACGUACUUUCACAAGUCAUGUGUAAAGAAGCUCGGUGUGGAGAAGGUGUCACGCUGGUACUGCACAUCAUGUGAACAGCAGAUGAAGAUACUUGCAUGUCAGACGCUACGUGGACUAGGCUAUACUGAUAUCCCCAUGGAGCAUCUUUGCAGCUCUUCACAUGGGCUGAACGAGGAAGAUUUCGAAGGAAUGUUUGACGAGAAGUUUAGGCAGAUGAUGAACUCACCCGACAUGGACUACCUGACACUGCUACCUCCCGAGAUUAGAGAGAAGGUUAAAGAACUUGGUGGGCUGUCUUCCAUGCCUGCACAGUUACAGAAGCAACUGAAAGAGAAGGUUAGGGCGCUUGGCAUCAAGUUAGCGGGAGCCGACGUUGACUUCCCGAUAUCUGAUGAGAUGCGACGCGUGCUUUGA